GAGUUUUACUGAGUUCUGUAUGGACGAGUUGUCUGGAAACCCACUCCAGCUAACUACUAGCAUGGGCGCCUUACCGCGUAUACAGCGCCCGACUGCAGCGGCCACGGGCCGUGCUGGCUAAGACGACUACGGACUACAGCUAAUCUACCUGUCUUGCAUGCUUGGCGGCCAAGCUUGGAGACCAGUGGAAGCUUUUCGCGCAGGUUGUGUGUCCAGAUACUUACACAAAUAUAGUCACCACUUAAUUUUGCCUUUGGAUUUAAAGAAUAUAUGCAUCAAGUAGCAGUUGUGGUAUUCUCCCUUCAUUGUUGCAGAUAUUCUCAAAAUGGCUGCUCAGUUUCCAUCAUUCCAGAGUGUGAUCAGCUUGAAGUCAAAUCCACUUGAUGAUUGGAUAGAGAUGUGGUAUCAGAUUUUCUUGUGGUACCUCUUCUCAUCGUUCCUCAUUCAUUCCUUGGCUGCUAUCACAGCAUUCUGUGCUCUACGUAAACACAAGAUAGGUCGUCUGUAUUCCCUUCUGGUAAUACUCAUGGGUUUACUUGGACCAAUCACUGGUGGUAUUGCAAGCAGUGCAAUUAUAGCGGGACUAUUCUACACAGCCAAUAUAUCAAUGUAUCCACUAUGGGCUCUGGUCUGUGGAACCGGUCAAACGUUCAUCGUAGCACUUGUCUCUUUCUCCCGUAUCUUGGGUACAUUAUGAUGUACCUCCGUUUGUCAAGUACUCAAUGGAACGUUAGAAGAUGGAUGUUGGAUUUGGAACAGAUUUGUCAUGGCACUCAUCUCUUCUUCCCACGUCUUGCAUACAUUGUGAUGUACUUCCGAUCUUCAGUUACUCAGGUGGAUGUGAUGUCGAGCGGUCAAACAUUAAUCUAGGAGCACCCAUCUGUUUCUCUAGCCUCUUUGGUACCUUGUGAUAUACAGCAUGUCAAUCACUCACUGUGUAGUGACUAGAGUGUUAGAAGAGAAUUAUGGAACAUGGAUUAGAUGUUGGGGUUUUGGAACAGAUAUUUGUCGGCACUCGAUCACCUCUUUAAUACAAUACAAUAAAGUCUUUGAUUUAGGCUUUGAUACUUUUGAGACUAUUCAGACCUCAUUCAUAGGAAUAGUUUAAGAAUAUGUUAGUGGUGCCAAUUUAAGAAAGGAAAGCCAAAUAUUUGUUAAGCUUAAAAAAAAAUCCUUUUCAAGUGCCAUUUCAGUAAGGGAGUAGCACGAGAGGAUUGCGAGAGGCAAAAUAUGAUUGGUUGUGUUGAUGCAUCUAGCUGUGUAUCAAAAAUACAUGUGUUUCUUUUUUUCAAGAUAAUUUGUAAUAUUACAUUUCUGAUAACUACAAAUAUCAUAACUGUACAUGUAGUACUGUUACCAGGUUAGCCAUGAAACGUGGUUCAGAUUGUGAGUGUAUAUUUAUUGUCAUCAUUGUGAUAUUAUUCAAAUAAAACAACUAAAUUACUAAAAAGAAGAUUUCUUCCCAUUAAAUGGAUGUAGUAUUUCUCUAGAGGUCCUACUCUUAAGUAGUAUUAUAUACUUGUCAUCCCUAAUAAAAAAUUCCAAAAUAUCAAUGUCCUAAAUGAGUGUAAGAUGACAAUAGGAUCAGAACAUGGUUCAGCUGUAGCUGUCCUUAAAAUGUGAAAUAGUAAUUUGAAAAAUGAGAUAUUGAAAUUGACUUAUCACAUCCCAUUCAUCUUUAUGAUUUAUAUUACUUUAAAUAGGUUUUCAGAAGUACAUGUAAUGUGCAAUAUGUAUGUAAAGUUUCUGUGUAACUACUUUCGUGUGAAAGACUGUUUAUUGCAAUUAGACUUUAUGUACAUGUAGAUCAUUUAAGAAAUGCGUUUUAAAAAAAAUUCCAGCCAGCAGUUUUUGGGUGAUCAAUUAGGGAAAAUGAUGACCUGUUACAAAUCUGUGAUUGUUAGACACCCAACAUUCAGUAUCAUUUUGUAAUACCGGUACUUUUAAUUGAUUAUACAGGGUGUCCCUGAAAAGGAGGAAACCAGAAUUAUGGAUAAAUUACUCAAUAAUCCAAAAUUACUUAUUGGUUAUUGUACACUGUUAUAUAACUUUUUUUCUGUUCUUUCAUAUGACAGCAAAAACUUGAUCACUUACUCAUGCAUAACUGAUUUCAGACAACCUAAAUUGAGAGAGCCAGGAACCCAAUUGUCAAAAAUAAGUGAAUGGCUGCUAUCUUUUGUUCAUUGUGGUUUGGGAAAUAUAAUACAUUUUUUGGAACUAUUGAUUAUUGCAAUCAAAUGAGAUGAGAAACAUGAUGGCAGUAUCACUCAUGGCUGAGCAGGCAGACCAUUCUGCAAUUAGUAUUAAAGGCACAUUGACAGUUUGUUUGAGGAAAUUAAAGGAUGCAGUUGAACAAAGUAAUUGUGCCAAGUAUCAACUAAGAAUUGUGCUUUGCUCAGUCAUAUUUUUCUAUACAUGUAUUCCUAUUUGUUAUGACUUGGUGAAAUGUUGUGUUUUUAUAUGAAAUAAAUUAUUCUUUGUGUAUAUGGAACUGAUUAAAUUAUUUAUAUUCAA